CAGCAAAAGACUGAAGAAACCGUGACAGGGAAACAAAAGUUACAAAGAUGGUUGAAUAAAAGAAUGAAAAUUUGUAUGACAGAUGGCAGAACGUUAAUCGGAAUAUUUCUAUGUACAGACCGAGAUAAAAAUGUCAUUCUAGGAUCCUGUGAAGAAUAUUUAAAACCUCCAGAAAGUGAAGAGAAAGAGGAACCGAGAAUAUUAGGACUAGCAAUGAUACCUGGACAUCAUAUAGUCAAUAUAUCAAUAGAUGAACACGAUAAAACAGUACCUUAUAAUCUAGACAUGGAGGUCAGCUGA